AUGUUGUCUCUGGGCAGGUUGUCCUGGGAGGUCCGGGUCUCCCUGGCGGCCGCUGCUGUACUUUGCUCCAUGGUCAUUUCGCGGAGUUUCGGCGACUACUUCGACCAGACGACCCUGUUGCAGCUAUUCCGGGUGCAGUUCCUGCUCUUCAUCAACUGCCUCAUGUCAAUCGGUUCGAGGUACAUCUGGAAGAGGGCCGUGUCCAACCUGCACACUCUCUCUGCCCAUGGCUCCCAGUGUUUCACCGGCUGGAAGGUGGCUGUGUGGCUUUUCCUCCUCCUGGCUCACUCCAGCUUCUUCUCCCUGCUGGCCUUGGUGUCAGAAGAGCCUCACCUCUUUUCCUUGGUCUCCUACACCUGCCUGGGGAUGUACGUCUUUCUUAUUUUCAGCCUCCUGGUGCUUGGGCUCCUGGAACAGGCCCACAAGCUGCUGCCCUUCAGCCGGGCUGCCCCCUCUCACAGCCGCAAUACUGUCAAGUUGCUCCUGGCCCUUCUCUUCAGUGUUAGCUGCACUAUUGUGGGCCUUCAUAAUGCUCGGCAGCCUCCUCUCAUCAAACAGGUGGAAAUACCUGUCCACAAACUACCUCAGUCAUUCCAUAAUUUGAGGAUGGUUUUGUUAGCUGACAUUCAUCUAGGGCCCACAGUAGGAAGGACCAAACUUGAAACAGUUGUGAAGAUGGUCAAUGAACUCAAUCCAGAUAUUAUUGUGAUUGUUGGUGACCUCUCAGACUCUCAGGUAGUCAACCUCCGAAAAGCCACAGAACCACUACGACAGCUGAUGCCAAAAUUAGGGACAUACUUUGUUACAGGUAACCACGACUAUUACAGUGCUGAUAUCACGAACUGGUUUAAGCAUCUACAGUCCCUAAAUAUCCGGCCGCUCCACAAUGACCAUGUGAAGAUUCACAGUCUCCGUGAGGACAAGGACUGGUUCUGUCUGGCUGGGGUUGAUGACAUCGAAGCAGAGAUGUUACGGUAUCCUGGACAUGGUAUGGACUUAAAUAAAGCACUAGAUGGUUGCAGUACUAAAGAUGCUAUAGUAUUGUUGGCACACCAACCAAUAGCUGCUAAACGUGCCUUACAAAGUAGACCAGAUAUCAGCUUGAUUCUCUCAGGUCAUACUCAUGCUGGGCAGAUUUUUCCACUAGCAAUAGCUGCUUAUUUUUUGAAUCCAUAUUUUGAAGGUCUUUACAAAGCUGGUGAGAACAAUUUAGUGUACGUAACUCCUGGGACAAUUUACUACGGAAUUCCAAUGAGACUUGGAAGCAGAGCAGAAAUAACAGAAAUCAUUUUUAAGAUCAGAUGAACUGGUCCUUAUGUUGCAGACCCUCCUUUCAUGAGCAGUGAAUGUUACACCCAGGCGUAUUUUAGGUAUUGAAUUUGAAGAAUAAGUAGGUAAUCUGCAUGUAUAAUAAUUAAUAAAUCACCUGAGUUAAUUACCUUUCAGCAGAUUUAUACACAUUUUCCCAACUGUAGAAUUGUAACUAAGAUUGCCUUAUAACAUUGUUGUUACAAUGUGGGAAUUGGACUAAGAAGCAGCGCUACUUAAUCAUAUUUACAUUUAUGCCCUUUUAGUCUCCAGGUGAUGUAUGGGCUACUUGUGUUAGAUUGAGAGCUUCUGAUCUCUAAUGAUGAGUUGGGGAUUGAUUGAGCAGGACUGUGAAUUACUUUGCACUCUUUAUCCGCCUGCAACAAUUCACAGCAAGACAGUAUGUGCCAGAUGCUGGAUCCAAUCCAUAGCACUAUUCAAAGAUAAAUAUUGAACUUUGUCCACACCAGUCCAACACCAGUCCAACAUCUCUCCACAUCAAAGAUAAAUGCACGGUGUUCAAUGCCCAUUUCAAAAAUGUGUCCCUAACAUGCAUAUCUUUUUUUUAUGCUCACUUUGCUGACUUCUAUCACAUUGCAAAUUAUAUAAAAAUCAUUCUGUUGCCUGAUUUUGUACUUGUUUUGUUUAAAUUUGUAAUUUGAUAAAUCUCUGUAAUUACAGUUUAUUAAUGUCCUAAAUUACUGGUAAUGCUUUGCAUUCCUGAAAAUAGUGUAAUGUUAACUACUGCCUUGUUCGGAAGUGGAUAUGUAAAUACUGUUCUUUUCGAUGUAAUUUCAAAUACUUUUGACUUGACUUUAUACCUCUGAACAUGUUUAACUCUCAGAGCAAUGCCUUGAAAUUUAAUUAUAUUUGCAAUACAUCCACGCUUCCUGCAAGUUAAAAACUGUUAAUGCUGAAUUUAUGUGGCAGUGUUGGAGGACUUUUGUCAUGCCACUCAUUUUUUAAGAAAGAUAGGCUGUGGAGGAAAAGUGAUUUCCACUUUAGUUGAUCAUCGGUGAAUCUGUUUAAUUUAGGGUACCAAAUGCUUAUCUACUUUGACACCAUUUGGAGUUUGUAGUUCUUUCCAGUAAUAAACAGCAGUAAGUCUCUGACAUUCUAAGUAGAAUGACCAGAUUGAAUGUUUUAAAUCCAAUGAAAAGCUCUUGGCAUCCAGGCCAAGCUGUAGAAUAUUACAUUUUUAAAGAUUUAAUUGAAAAGUAAUACUGUGGAUGCUGAAAAUCCUGAGAUGCAAACAGAAAUUUCUGGAAAAAAAAACACUCAGCAACUUAGGCAGUAUCUAUGUAGAGAGUGUAAAAGAGUUUACGUUUCAUUUCUGUAACAUAUCAGAAAUAAAUCUAAUCCUGAUCACUUGAUUUUUUUUAAUAUUCAAAACUUGAAUUAUUUCAAUAAUUUUAAUUAUGCCAGUGAGAGUAAGAAAUUAGUGCUACAAAAAUGAAUACUUAGCCAAAUUCAAGAUGCAGCCUUGAAUUGAGUACAAAGAUGUUUAUUGGUUCUCAAUAGCUUAACGAACUGAAGGAGGGUUGGCGUGGGUGAGGGUAAACUUAAUGUAAAAAAAGAGAAACCAGGAAUUAUGUAAACUUAAAAUAAAACAAAAUGCUGAAUAUCUACAACACGUGGAGUGAAAUGAAAAGAUGAUCAAAUACUUUGGAGAUUGAACCUUUCAUCAGAAGCAAGUUAUUUACUUUUUGGAAGAGAUACUUUAUGUCUUUAAAGGAACCUUACUCAUUUUGUUGCUUCCAAUCAAUCCCAAAUCAAUAUUGACAUUACACCAUCUUUUUGUGCACCAUAUUGAAAGCAAAUUAUGUAGAUCUAAUCUAACAUUCAGGCAUAACAAAAUUUCAACAUUAUAGUAUGUUUGUUUAGAAAGACAAGGCUGGAUUUGAUUAAAUGUACAGGGUUGGUGCUACACUGUAAAAUGUAACAGCAAGCCACAAUUUACUAAUAGAACUUUUGUACUUUAUGGUCAUAUUAUCCUGUGGAAUUUUUUUUGUUUAAAAAUUAAUAAAUUUUAUUCUACCAAACAGAACUGUGUCUUCCAUU